AUGUUACGGAGAACCAACAGUUUUGAAAGCGAUGGCAGAGAAAAUGAACAUGCUUCACUUCUCUAUGGGAAGAAUGGAGAUAUCAUAGACUCGAUUUCUGUGACGACAGAGAAAAAGGGUGUGACAUCCCGUUUGGCCUUUACAAUUUUAUCAUCUAUCUUGGGUUCCUCUUUCAUCGUUGGAUUCAAUUCCGGUGUCAUAAAUGAGCCGUCAGAGGUGAUCCAGGACUUCUACAACAGUACAUACUAUGACAGAAAUGGGGAGUACAUGUCAUCUUCUCUCCUCACACUCCUGUGGUCAUUCACAGUGUCCAUCUUUGCGAUCGGGGGCAUGAUAGGGGGUCUCUCAGGAGGAUACCUCGCUAACAGAUUUGGGAGGAAAGGUGGUCUUUUGAGAAACAAUUUACUGAACUUUAUCGCAAGUGGCUUUCUCAUUUCCUCCAAGUUUGCCAAGUCGUAUGAAAUGCUCAUAGCUGGAAGGUUUGUAGCUGGACUGUGUUGUGGUGUGAAUACAGUCAUUGUGCCCUUGUACCUGUCAGAGACAGCACCAACUUCCAUACGAGGAUUAUGUGGAACAUUUAAUCAGCUAGCAAUCUGUUCUGGAACCCUUGUGUCUGAGAUUUUAGGCCUCGGACAUGUACUUGCUAGGGCUGACACUUGGAAUUAUUUGCUAGGAUGUACACUUGUACCAAUGGUGUUCCAGUUACUGACACUUACCUGGUGUCCAGAAAGUCCAAGAUAUCUGAUGAUAAACAAGAACAAUGAGGACAUGGCAGAAAAAGCUUUGAUAUGGCUGAGAAAAGACAUAGAUGUCAGUGAUGAAAUAGAGGAAAUGAGAACAGAGAUGGAGAAAGCAAAAAAUGCAGCACAGUUUCACUUCACAGAUUUGUUUAAGCGACGAGAACUCCUCACACCAUUGAUCAUAAGCCUGGUGCUACAGUUGUCUCAGCAGUUCAGUGGUAUUAACGCUGUUGUGUUUUAUUCCACCCUGAUAUUUGAGGGGGCGGGGCUGAGCCAGCUGAAUGCUCAGUAUGCAACACUUGGCACUGGAGCUGUGAAUGUUGCCAUGACUUUUGUAUCGGCUAACAUCAUGGAUAAGUUAGGACGGCGAACCCUACAUUUACUGGGCCUCGGGGGUAUGCUGGUAUUCAGCAUUGUCCUGUCUGUAGCUCUCAUCUUCAGAGAUGAAGCAUCAUGGCUUUCCUACGUCAGUAUUGUUGCUGUCAUGGCCUAUAUUGUCUCAUUCGCCUCUGGACCAGGGUCCAUACCUUGGUUUUAUGUGGCUGAAUUGUUCGCUCAGGGACCGCGAUCAGCUGCAGUCAGUUUGUCAGUACUGACCAAUUGGCUUGCAAAUUUUACAGUUGGUCUUUCCUAUCCAGAAAUUCAUGCUGCCAUAGAGGAAUACUCCUUCUUUCCCUUUAUCGGAAUGCUGGUCUUUUUCUGGUUAUUUACCUUCUUUAAAGUUCCUGAGACCAAAGGAAAGACUAUCGACGAAAUAACAUCGUCAUUUAAAUCAGACCAUCAGAAUCAAAUACAGAGUCCUGAUUCUCACCAUUAUACACCAAUACAAGGGGAGAAUUAUUCCUGA